AUGCUGCCGCCGCCGCCGCCGGAGCGGUGGUCCAUCCUGGCUCGAAUCCCUAAAGUUGUGAAGGACAAGGAGGCGAAGCGCACCUUCCCGCCGGGCGCCGACGUCUCCGUCGCCUGCGACGAGCUCCCGCGCGCCUCAAUCCUCACCGUGCCGCUCCGCAUCUCCCCGCCGCCCUGCCUCCCCAGCUACCCCUACGUCGCCGCUGCGGACCCCUCCAGCCUGCUCCUCCUCUGCGCCACGGAGCCUGGCGGGGAGGUCACCUACCACCUCUGCCACGCGCGCACAGGUGAGGCCACCUGUUUCCGCGAGCACGACUGCCCCAUGGGCUUCGACGACGCCAAUGUCGGCCUAAUGACGAGGGGCGACAGCUGCGUGGUCGCCGAGCUCCAGCCCUCCGGCGACGGCUCCGGCCGUGCCACGCUCCUCCGCUACACGGUGGGGCAGUACAAGUGGGCCGUGACGGAGCUCGCCUACUCGCCGCAGCUGCACCGGCAGUGGUUCUGCGAGGGGGUCGUCUCCCACGGAGGGAUGCUCUGGUGGGUGGAGCUCUCGUACGGCCUCCUCGCCUGUGACCCCUACUCCGACAAGCCGGAGCUGCUACACGUCCCGCUUCCGACGAUCAUCGACCCGCUUCCGGGAAAAGUGGCAAAUUUGGCCAACAGGGCCUCCCACAGCUGCGUGAAGGCGAGCAGCGGAAGGCUGAGGUACGUGCAGAUCCAUGGCGAUCCCGCCGCCCGGUGGUGA